GUUCAGUGCACAGCCCUCCUGACGGCUGCGUGCUGAGAUCUGUCGUCCUUUGGCGUCCACUCUGCCUUGUCAGCUGAGGUCGGUGACACAGACGCACACACACGUGGCGAGUCAGUCAGGUCAGUGAGCGAGGCACGCCUCGAGCAUCGCCAUGAUGUGAGACGGCCGCUCUGCUCUGUGUGCUGUGCUGCAGAUGUCUGUCUGUCUGUCUGUCUGUUUGUUGAGUGAGUGAGUGAGUGAGUGAGGAGGUGCGGCCGUCUGUCAUGACGACAAACAGACAGACAGACAGACAGACAUCUGCAGCACAGACACUGCUGCAGCUGAGGGAGCCGAGGCUACUUACCGCCGACCCCACUCGAACACCGCAGCGGUGCGCAGGCAGACAGUCACACACACACGCACACACACACACAGACGGAUGGGAUGGAGGGAUGUGACACACGACAGGAGAGAAUCAGCCGACUGUCUGUCUGUCUGUCUGUGGUUUUUGUGGCGUGCAGGUGUGCCAGAUGGCUUCAAUGUGAAGUAUAGGCUGCGAAGGAUGUUUGGAGCGACGGAAUCCUAUAUUCGCUUCUUCAGAUUCCACACAGAUACACACGUCCUAGAGACUGAGGCACGUGGAUUCUCUGCCCGCAGUCAAGAGCUUCAAACGAGUUCGCGACUUGAAGCGCUUCAUCUUCUACGGUGGCCUCAUGCAGGGCGUCAGCACCCCGGAGGAAGUGGUGCUCGUUGGACACGAGGACGCUCGGGACGACGACCUCAUUGAGACUGAGUUUCGCCAGCAGUAAGGGGAGGCAGCAGAACAACUCGCACACUUUGACACUCGGGGUGUGUGUGUGUGUGUGUGUGUGUUGGGAACCUGUGAUGCUGUGUGUAGGGGGAAGUCGGAGGAUAACCCGUUCAUCGUGCUGAGUCGUGUGGAACCGCCAAGAGAGAAAAUACGUAACGACGCUACACAGUGAGCUGCAUAGGCAGACACUCAUCUGUGUGUGUGUGUGUGUGUGUGUGUAGGUGUGGAAUGGGUCGCCUACGUCCCCCCGAACGCCAAACGAUGAUUGAUGAGCGUAAUCUCGCAACACGGCGCCAUCCAGGUGUUGUUUGCCGGCAUGGCUGCCAUGGCGCGCUGACCCUCUGCGGUACGGGUGAAUGUGUGGAGGUAUGUGCACAUUACAGUGUGUGUAAGAAUGCGCCGCGCCCCCAUAUAGGCCGCGCCCCUCUGGUACGAACACUGCACGCGUUCCCCCAGCCAGCUGGUCAUCAGUCAUUUCUCCACUCGUCCAAGAGAGAGAAUGCGUGUGUGACCCAUGCGCGACCUCUGUGUGUGUGUUGGGACCAUACGCAAGUGACAAGAUUAAUUGCAUGGCGCG